AUGCAUGAAUCCGCUGGUGGAACGCAUGCACCCGCCAUCUUGGAUGGUGAAACGCAUGAAUCCGCUGGUGGAUGGAUGGUAGAAAUAUGGGUUCACCAUGAGGAGCCUGAAAGCAAACGGCAGAGUAUGCAGUUGAAGCUUCCAUCAUCUUCUGUAACAAAGAAAUUCAAGAUGCAACCGUCGCCAGGAAAGUUGACCAUCUUCUGUGAAAAAGUUGGUAUGACGCUGGGAAAAUUGCAUCACAAAGGAAGAUCCGUCCAAUCCUGUGACAUCCAAAAUCAAACAGUGGCAUAUCUGGAUGGGGACAUCAUCAUAGGAGGGAUCUUUCCAAUACACGAAGGGGUUUCUAAUUUAUUAGAACGAACUAACGCUGAUGACUUCAUCUGUAAUGGGUUACAACUAAGGAAUGUUGUUAAAGUAUUUUCUAUGAUUUAUACAAUAGAAGAGAUUAAUAAUUCCACCCUUUUACCUGGGAUUAAAUUGGGCUAUGCAAUUUUUGAUUCAUGCUCUGAUGUUUCCAAAGCCAUUCAAUCAACAAUUAAAUUAAUUCCCGAGUUGAAUUUAUUGAAUAACCCUCUUGACUGCAACAGCACAAAAACAAUACCUUCUGUGAAAGUCAUUAUUGGAGAAAUCUAUUCCGAAAUUUCAGUUGCCAUUUCCCGGAUACUCAGUCUCCACUACAUACCGCAGAUAAGUCCGGCUUCAUCUUCCCCAUAUCUAAGUGAUAAGACGAGAUUUCCUUCAUUUCUUCGCACUGUCCCAAGUGAUAUGCACCAAACAAAAGCUAUUUCUAAAUUGAUCCGGAAGUUUGGAUGGAAUUGGGUUGGAAUAAUAUCAAGUGAUGACGAUUAUGGACAUUCUGGGGCUGACAAUUUAAAUCAUUUUUUAAAGGAACAAGAAAUAUGCGCCGCAUUCUCCAAAAUGAUUCCAUCGUAUGUGGAACAUCCUUUAAUGAACAAAGAAAUAGGAAGUUUAAUGGAUGAACUUCAAAACUGUAAUCUAAUGGAUGGACUUCAGAACUGCUCAGCAAAAGUGGUUGUUAUAUUUGCCAAAGGUCCUAUAGUCAUUAAAAUUUUUAGAGAGUCCAUCAGACUCAACAUAAGCAGAGUAUGGAUAGCAAGUGACAUCUGGUCUAUCUCCAGGGAAGUGGCAGAUAUUAAAAAUAUUGAUAAGGUUGGGGCAAUACUUGGAUUGAAUUUCCACGCAAGUCCUAUUCAAGGAUUUACAGAGUAUCUAGAAAACCUCCAACUUCCAGUAGAUGGAGCAAUAAAUCAUUUGCUUGAAGAGUAUAAAUAUUUUCGAUUUGGAUGCACAGAGGAGUACAGACAAUAUCUGGACUGUAAAUCAUCAUUGAAAAACUGCAUUAUUCCUGAUUCUAUAAAUAAGAAAUCACCUCUCACCUGUACAGUGGCUAAUAUCUCUCUUGCAAAUGAUGACUUUUUGGUGGAAAAUAUUGAAUGGAGCACAACGUUCAGUACAUCUCUGGCAGUAAAAUCAAUUGCCUAUGCUCUAAAAAAACUUUUAUGUGAAAAAGACAACUGUACAAAGGAUCAAGAUUUUUUCCCACAUGAGCUACUCAAUGAAGUACGUCAGGUUCAUUUCCCAUACAACACAGAAAUAUUUUCUUUCAAUAUGAAUGGAGAUUUUAUGAAUGGAUAUGAUAUAAUCAAUUGGCAUACAACUGAGAAUCCUGUAUUAUUCAAAAUUGUAGGGCAGUAUGACAUUGUGACAACUGAUCUUACUCUAAAUGAAUCACUUUUCUUUUGGAACACAGAGAAAAACCAGAUUCCAGUAUCCAAGUGCUCAGCACCCUGCUCCCCUGGUUAUAAUAAAAAGCAUUCCUUUAUAAGUUGUUGUUAUGAAUGCAUUCCAUGCCCAGAAGGUUACUUUUCACCAAAUCCUGAUAUGGACAGCUGUCUCAAGUGCAGUAUCGAUCAGUGGUCAAGCAAUGGAAGCUCUAGCUGUCAAAAUAGAACCAUAGAAUAUCUUUACUGGAAUAAUGCAUUUGCUGUUUUACUCGUGACUUUUACUAUCAUUGGCUUUCUCUUACUUUUGAUAAUAUGCGCCUUAUUCAAGAAAUAUUCAGAUUCAACAGCAGUUAUAGCAGCAGGGGGCAAAUAUAUCUACCCACUAAUUGCAUCUCUGUUAUUUAGCUUGGCGAGUGUUUGUUUUUUUAUUGGUCAGCCAAGUGAUAUUAUCUGUAUGAUGAGACAACCUCUCUAUGGUAUCAGUUUCACCCUAUGUGUUUCUUGCAUAUUGGUCAAAUCUUUAAGGAUCAUUAUAGCAUUUGAGUUAGCCAAUAGAAUUAAAAAGGUGUCUAGGUUAUCUUACCAUCCUAUUGUUAUUAUCAUCAUACUAACUAGUUUCCAGAUUUUAAUUUGCAUAUUAUGGCUUAUAUUCAAAAGGCCUUUUCCCACCGAGAUUUACACAAUACCCCACCUCCUGAUAAGGCAGUGUGAAGAGGGGUCUUAUGUUGCCUUUGGCAUCAUGUUAGGAUACAUUGGGUUUCUUGCAUUUGCCUGUUUCCUUUUAGCUUACAAAGGUAGGAAAUUACCAGAAAAAUAUAACGAGGCCAGAAGUAUCACCUUCAGCAUGCUCAUCUACAUGUUUGUAUGGGUUAUCUUUAUUCCAGUGUAUAGGAAUACCAGUGGUAUGUAUCUUUCAAUGGUGCAGGUCAUUGCCAUACUGGCUUCAGUAUAUGGAGUGUUAUUUUGCCAUCUUUCACCACCAUGUUACAUUAUAUUGUUCAAAAGAAAAACCUGCAACAGAGAACUAUAUCUCCAAAGUGUUUUUGCUUUCUACAGGGCUAAAAGAAGUGUUUUAUCUGUUUAUCAACGUAGCUCACAUUUACAAGUGCCAGCUACUAGUUGUGACCCAGAAACUAAAGGGAGAGUCUCUGUUCAUUUAAAAUCAAAGAGCUCAGGUGAAAAUUCAAUAGUUAGAAGGAGACAUAAGAGCUGUUGA